AUGGUCUUUCAGAGCUACAACUUCCGGUUUCUGGCAAGACUUGUGUCAUUGUGUGUAUAUUGUUGAAAUGGCCUCGUAGUUUGUAGCGCGUCAAAUCUGCAGUUUCGGCGCGGACAAGGUCGGUUCUGACAGUUCGGCUGCUCCAGUGAAGUCUUCAGCGAACCGGAUCCGAAGCGUCGCGGAGAUUCUCGUUCUGGUCGCUUCGCUCGGCGAGCCGUUCGUUCAUCCGCGGCUCUUCAGAACGCAUCGAGUUUGUGUCUCAGCUGCGUUAAACUCGACCGCCUCUCCCUGGAAGUGCCCGUUAUGAACGGGUUCAGCACGGAAGAGGACAGCCACGACGCGCCGCCCGCGCCGCCCUUCUUCGGCCAGAGCUGCUGUCUGAUCGAGGACGGGGAGCGUUGCGGCCGCGCGGCGGGGAACGCGUCCUUCAGCAAGCGCAUCCAGAAGAGCAUCAGCCAGAGGAAGCUCAAGCUGGACAUCGACAAGAGCGUUCGGCAUUUGUACAUCUGUGAUUUCCACAAGAACUUCAUCCAAAGUGUUCGCAACAAGCGCAAGAGGAAGACCAGCGAUGAUGGAGGAGAGUCGCCCGACCACGAUGCUGAAGUGCCGGAGGUAAACCAGGGUUCAUCUGCAUCAUGCUGCUGCAGCAUCAGCGCCAGCUUUGUGUCACAGCUGUUAUCGAGACCAUACAAAAUAUUACAUUAUUUGGUUAUGUAUGCUGCAGAAAACCUUCCCCAGGUUACUGUUCACACAGAUGCCUUGGUAGCUGUUGGGCUCCAGUUUGUCUCCGUUCUUGUGAAUGGGGCUGAUGAGGCCCUGGUUCCAGAUCUUAGGGAAGAACCCUACACACAGAACAUCAUUGAAGAGUUUGAGGAUGGCCAGUUUGAAGCUUUGCUCUGUGUGUUUCAGCAUCUCGUUCAGGAUGCCGUCAACGCUUUCUUGGGCUCGAGGACCU